AUGCUCAACAUACUCCCCAAUGGAAAAUCAUUCAAGAAGGAAGAAAGAUCAGCUGUUAAAAAAGAUAUUAGAGAGUGGUUUGCCCAGUACAGUCAAUAUAUACCCCCGGCUUGGAGAUCAGUAAAUGGAGAAGGUAACAACUUUUACAAGUUUCUUGAUCCCUCCAAAUUCCCGAUGGAGAUGGUCACUGAAGCUCUCCAGUUUUGGUAUGAACGUCAAGAACAACACAAAGUCGCCUUUCGAUUUAAAUCCUUUCUUGAAGGGAAAAUGCUGCUGGAAGCACCUCCACGAAGGAAAAUCAAAGUUCACGUUCCUAAACCUCAUGUUCAUAGUGUUGGGAAGGGCAAGAAGCCUUGCAGAAGCAAGGGUCAAAGGAGAGGCCGGGCAGCAACCGAGUCACCAUCAGAUGAGGAAGCCAGGCCAAAGAGAAAGGAAGGGGUGGAAGAUCAGCAGUUCAAUGACAACAGUUGGAAGGAUUUGGAUGUGGACAAGCCGGCCAAGAAACAAACCGAACAGUUUUCUAAGGAUCAGGGCAGUUAG